GCGCGCCACGCGGCGGGCGGACCCCUGGGUGAGAUCAUGUGUAGUCCAUGCGCGGAAAGUAGGUUAGCAAGAGCAGCGGAGUUGAAAGGAGCUGACGCCACGCGUGGGUACACUAGCUGCUUCUCGUCCCGCCGCCGCAGUCACAACAACGCCUUGAAGACCGCUACAAUCCGACCGAAACUAGUUUAACAUCUGUGCCGUGUCGCCAUUUUUUCUCUCCCCACCCCGUCUUAAACGCGGGAAGAGGAGCUCGACAAGCCAUAUGAGGAGUUGCUGUUUUGACAGCUCGGAGAAAGCACGCACGCCCUCGCUUCUUGCUCGAUUUUACUUUGUUUCCACGCGGAACUGUAUGAAGACAAGAAGUAUACGCUGAACUUAACCGCCGACAUGAGAGCUCAAAUAGAAGUCAUACCCUGUAAAAUCUGCGGGGACAAAUCAUCAGGGAUUCACUACGGCGUUAUCACCUGUGAAGGCUGCAAGGGUUUCUUCCGACGCAGCCAGCAGAACAAUGCUAUGUACUCCUGCUCACGACAGAGAAACUGCCUGAUUGACCGGACCAAUCGUAACCGCUGUCAGCAUUGCCGGCUGCAGAAAUGCCUCGCUCUGGGCAUGAGCCGUGAUGCGGUGAAGUUUGGUCGCAUGUCCAAGAAACAGCGCGACAGCCUCUACGCAGAGGUCCAGAAGCAUCAGCAGUCUCAAGAGUGCGCCGGGAUCGUAGCCCGGGAAGAGAGCGGCGACAUGGGCGACCACACCCGCACCUACAGACGAGUGUCCAGCACCACGCUCAGCGACCUGGAUGACUUCACCACGCUGCCUGACGGCCUGCUUUUUGACCUGCCGCUGACUCCAGAGGAUGCAGGGGGCGACUACGGGAGCCUGGACAUGCUGGCCGGCAGCGCAGGUAGCAGCUCAUCUUCGCAAAGCUCACCGGAACAGACCAACUUGGACUUUGUGGACGGCAACCAUACCAUCAAACACGAGUACCAGCUGUUGCACGACUCUGGGCUUUUCUCGCACGCUAUCCUCAACCCGCUGCCCGAAGGUUGCUCCCUGCUUGAACUCGAGCACAUAACACAGUGCGUGGUGAAGUCCCACAUAGAGACAUGCCAGUACUCUACAGAGGAACUGAAAAAAAUGGCGUGGUCCACGUACGGCCUGGAAGAAACUCGCAUGUACCAAACAAAGUCUGCUGAGGUAAUGUGGCAACAGUGCGCCAUUCACAUCACCAACGCCAUCCAGUAUGUGGUGGAGUUUGCCAAGCGCAUCUCUGGCUUCAUGGACCUGUGUCAGAACGAUCAGAUUAUCCUCCUCAAAGCAGGCUGCAUGGAUGUUCUCCUGAUCCGAAUGUGUCGGGCGUACAACCCCAUCAAUAACACUUUGCUGUUUGAUGGACGGUUUGCCCCUGCUCACUUUUUUAAAGCGCUCGGCUGUGAUGACCUUGUGACUGCGGUGUUCGACUUGGCAAAAGGCCUGAGUCGUAUCCAGAUGUCUGACGAAGAGAUGGCCCUCUUCACUGCUGCAGUGCUCCUCUCACCAGACCGACCAUGGCUAACAGAUGUGCAUCAGGUCCAGAAGUUGCAGGAAAAGGUGUACGUCGCCCUCCAGCGUUGCCUACAAAAAGGGAGCUCAUCAGAAGAGAAACUAGCCAAGAUGGUUUCCAAACUCCCCAUCAUGAAGUCCAUUUGCAAGCUCCACAUUGACAAACUGGAGUUUUUCCGUCUGGUCCACCCCCAGACGGCGUACACCUUCCCCCCGCUGUACAGGGAGGUGUUUGGCAGCGAAAUUCCUUUUCCGGACUCUACCGAGGGCUAAGCGGCGUCCCGCUAAAGACCAAACAAAACCCAGAGAUUUCCACUCAGAGACUUUCUUUGCGAGGCGCAGGCAGAGGGAGAGAUAAAAAAAAUAACAAACGUGACCACAAGCUGAGGCAAAGCAGACGCUCUCUGACAAUCCUGCACGACGCACUCCUCUCUCACCUCUGAAGUCUCCUCUCUCACCCGCGUGGAGUCGCUCACGGCGCCCCUCCGGGCCACUUCACCUCCGCGAGAAGGGUGCUCGUUUGGAGGGCGCGCCAAGACACUAAAUAGUGGCCUAGACAAAUUUGUAUUCUCCAAAUUUAUUUUUUUAAGAUCUUUCUACUAUUACACUUCUCACAGCUCCCGCGAGCUACGGUUGAAUGUACCCCGCCACCCCUGCCCGUGCCGCUUAAAGCGUUCAGCACAGCCUGUAAGCCCGAUUCCGAAUGUAAAUACUUAAUCCUCACUUACCUCAAAUAUAUAUAUAUAUAUAUUUUUUUUUUCUUUUCAAAACACUUCAGUUGUCAGUCUGGUAACAAUCCUUAAUUUGUCAUCCCCAGCAUCGUUUAGCAGUGCCUGCCUUUUCCUCGUUUUGCGGCAUGUGAACAAAGCGUUCAAAGGGACCACGAUCAAAUUCCCAAGCAGGUUUUCUUUAAUAUAGCUAUUUUAUUUUUACUAGCAUACCCUGAAGACGCUGACAUAAGUGGGCUCUUUUUAAUGCAACCGUUACCUCAGUCCCAGUACCCUAUCACUUAGCAUUUGCCACUCGGAUAUUGUGACAAUAUUAUAUUUAUAGCGCCUGUAUAGCCGUACGAAUGUCUCUAAGGGUGCGUUCACACCUGUCAUGUUUGGUUCAGUUUAAAGGGCGAAGCCUGGUGUGUACCAAGCAAGCCGUUUCGGUCCACUUGCAAGUGAACUCUGGUGCGGUGCACUUGAGCACAAAUGUGAACUACGCAAACCAGUGUUAAAAUAACCCCCCCCAAAAAAUGUGCUGUUGCAUAAAAGUAUCUUUUAGAAGCUUUUUGUCAAAUCUAAGAUGGUAAAUAUGGCAGAAUAUGAUAAUACGUGUUCAACCCAGCAAAUGGCAUUUUGAUUUGUUUUAAAUAUAUGACUUAUGUUCAUAACAUAAGUCAAAUGGACAAAAUUUCUAGGCGCAGUCAAGGCGUUGAGGGGUUCCGGUUUGGUGGCUGCGGGAUUAGGUCUCUGCUUUUUGAGGAUGAUGUGGUCUUGAUGGCUUCAUCUGGCCGGGAUCUUCAGCUCUCACUGGAUCGGUUCGCAGCCGAGUGUGAAGCGACCGGAAUGAAAAUAAGCACCUCCAAGUCCGAGUUCAUGGUUCUCGCCCGGAAAAGGGUGGAGUGCCAUCUCCGGGUUGGGGAGGAGACCCUGCCCCAAGUGGAGGAGUUCAAGUACCUAGGAGUCUUGUUCACGAGUGGGGAAAGAGUGGAUCGUGACAUCGACAGGCGGAUCGGUGCGGCGUCUUCAGUAAUGCGGACGCUGUAUCGAUCCGUUGUGGUGAAGAAGGAGCUGAGCCGGAAGGCAAAGCUCUCAAUUUACCGGUCGAUCUACGUUCCCAACCUCACCUAUGGUCACGAGCUUUGGGUCAUGACCAAAAGGACAAGAUCACGGGUACAAGCGGCUGAAAUGAGUUUCCUCCGCCGGGUGGCGGGGCUCUCCCUUAGAGAUAGGGUGAGAAGCUCUGCCAUCUGAGAGGAGUUCAAAGUAAAGCCACUGCUCCUCCACAUCGAGAGGAGCCUGAUGUGGUGGCUCGGGCACGGGGAAGACCCAGGACACGUUGGGAAGACUAUGUCUCCCGGCUGGCCUGGGAACGCCUCGGGAAGAGCUGGACGAAGUGGCUGGGGAGAGGGAAGUCUGGGCUUCCCUGCUUAGGCUGCUGCCCCCGCGACCCAAACUCUGAUAAGCGGAAGAAGAUGGAUUUGACUUAUGUCACAAAGGCUACCUAACCAGUUCACUUAGACUUCGACUUCCUUUGUCAAAAGAAAUGUUGUCAUUUUAGCUCCUGGUAGUGCAGGAUAAAAAGAGCAAUAAGGUGCAGAGGGUUUUGAUUUACAAAAGAAGGUGCAGAUAUAGAUUACUCUACUGUACUUGAGCACAAAUGUGAACUCUAAACGGAUCAGUGUUAAAAUGUCCAAAAAAAAGUAUGGAGAAAUGAAAAAUAUGUAAGACAAAGUGCUGCCUUUCUGCGCUCUAUAAAAGUAUAUUUUAGAAGCCUUUUGCCAAAUCCAAGCUGGUAUAUAAAAAACCAAAUGGGAAAAUAACCAAGCAAAUAGUGUUUAUGCUCUUUGCUCCUUUUGGUCACAUGACAAAAACACCCGCCUGAACGUUCAGCGGACCACACCAAAGUUCUUGGGUACCAAACCACAAGUGUGAACGCAGCAUGAAACGGAUACUUUGGAGCCUUGGGGAUGGAAAGAUUGUAUUGCAAAUACUUAGCACUUAUGACUGAGCCUCUUUAGGGCUCCAAAAUCAACUGCUGGCACUUUUUUUUUUUUUUUUUUUUGCAAGUUAGCACUUAGACCGCCACCUUUGACGCCCCCCAUUAUCCGCAGAACCUUUGUUGACCUGUCAUACCUCCGUCCCUUAUCUUAACCCACCCGACACGUAAAAUUAUAACCUGAGAAGUACUUGCUGUACAACUCAGCAAAUAUCUGCCCCACCGCAUGUUUUCAACGGACCGGUCCUGAGGCUGUAAGGAUUACGAGCGUACAGAUGGGCCGCCGUGUUAUUUAAGCUCCUUAGAAGUCGGUCGGAGGGGGGGAUUUAUUAUCCGCGCCGACUCUCACUACUUAAACAGGUCCCGAUUUGGAGGACCUACUCAUCUCUCUCGCUGGCUCACUACCUCAGCCCUCUCAAACUCCGCACCAACGCUGCAAACGGUUUAACAUUAGCAUCAUACUGCAGGCCGCCUUUUUCUACACUAUUAAAACAUAUAUAUUGCUCGGCACUUAUAGAGGGCAAAAAUGUUGGCUUUUGUUGUGAAAGGCCGGACACAUAUUCCCUCUUUAUGCUACCAGUAUUGUGUAGAGAAAACCAUUUUUUUAAUUGUAGCAUAUGGAGACAUUCUCAUAGAUCAGUGGUUCUUAACCUUGUUGGAGGUAUCGAACCCCAUUAGUUUCAUAUGCGCAUUCACCGAACCCUUCGUAGUGAAAAAUAUUGUUAAUUAAAAAAAAAAGUUAUGUGUUUUUGGUAACACUUUAGUAUGGAGAAGAUAUUCUAAGUAACAAAGACUUAAUUUAGAGGUUUUUGGACACUACUCCCGUCCAAAGGCAAAACCCAGUAACUCAAUUUUGGCCCAAACGGAGCUGAUAAUAAUUUUGGAGUUCCCAGGUGAUAUCCUUUACAUUAGUGUAUGCGAUAUUGUAAUUUGUUCCGUAAGUAAGCUGUUACGCGCAUGGCAGGACCUAGCAACUACCACAUAACCGCGUAGAUACAACAGAAAAACCUAGUAUCUCAAGGGACCAAUCGGAGCUCCUUUGUCAGUCGCCUUAUUGUCUUUAAUGAGACAUUUGCACGAAUGGGGGCCGACGGUCAACCUGAUUAUGUGAUGUUAUGGCACGAGGGGAUAUUUGGAAGAUUGGCCCAGGACGUUGCAAGCACCUUCAUUAAAUGUAUUGUUCCCCUUGCAUACUCUUUGGGGCAGAUAACUGUGGAGGUCAAAAUAAAAACUGGACGCUGUGCCAAUGUGCAAACGCAGAAUGGGGCCCACCCGAAAUUGUGAUAAAAUAUCUGGAGAAAGGGCACACGUUCAUGAGAGCAGAUUCAAUCCACGGCUCAAUCGGCAAGAAAAUGAAAGCUCAAGAAAACAUCUAAUAGUUUGAUGACGUUGUAGAUCUUUGUAAGACAGCAUCAAGAUAGAUUGUUUUUUCUUUGUUUUCUCAAAAAUCACCUAGAAGGGAGUUACUAGGUUUUGCCUUUGCACGGGAGACUAGGGGAACAUAUUCUAAGUAAAAAAGACUUAAUUUGGAGUUAUUUGGUAAGGAUUAUAAUGAGGCCAUGCCAAAUAAGGCAUUAAUAAGUACUUAGUUAAGAGCCAAGUUGUUACUAAUUUGCAUGCUAAUAAGCAACUAAUUAAUAGUGAAUUUGUCCUCCAUACUAAAGUGUUACUACUAGGGAGUUACUACUCUUUUGGGCAGAUAACUGUGGAGGUCAAAAUAAAAACUGGACGCUGUACACGGCUCUUGCCCAAUGUGCAAACGCAGAAUGGGGCCCACCCGAGAUUGUGAUCAAAUAUCUGGAGAAAGGGCACACGUUCAUGAGAGCAGAUUCAAUCCACGGCUCAGUCGGCAAGAAAAUAAAAGCUCAAGCAAACAUCUAAUAGUUUGAUGACUUUGUAGAUCUUUGUAAGACAGCAUCACGAUAGAUUGGUUUUCCUUUGUUUUCUCAAAAAUCAUUGGACGAAAGACUAGGGGAACAUAUUCUAAGUAAAAAAGACUUAAUUUGGAGUUAUUUGGUAAGGAUUAUAAUGAGGCCAUGCCGAAUAAGGCAUUAAUAAGUACUUGGUUAAGAGCCAAGUUGUUACUAAUUUGCAUGCUAAUAAGCAACUAAUUAAUAGUGAAUAUGUCCUCCAUACUAAAGUGUUACCAUGGUUUUGUUUUUUUUCACUGGUGCACAAAAUGAACUGUACAUGAAUAUCACCUUGUUCAAAGAACUAAACCAACGCUAAACUCACAAUAAUUUACACACCUGUAAAUCAGUGUGACUUCUGCUGUUGCCGUAUCCGUAAUACGCAGAUAGGGAGAAGUCGGAUUUCUUUUGACCUCUGCCGAACCCCUAGGGUUGGAUGGAACCCAGGUUAAGAACCACUGUCAUAGAUGUUAAUAUUUGAGUCAGGACUGCUGGGACAGUGCUGAUGGCCACGGAGCAUUCACGUCGAGUUCACGUAGCGCAAAAAAAAAGGGGUGCCACCCUUGCCGGGUACUUAAUGGCACGGUGGGAUUGUGCAAUAGCGUCUUUCCCAUUUUGAGUAGCGUAGAGUUCAUUUAGAUUCUAGAAUUUGACAAGCUCACGGCCGACUCCCCGACAGGGUCGGCCCGAUUUGUAACAAGGUGCAAUACUUUGUCGUUGAAUGUUUAUAGCACGUCGCUUUUCAACGGUUCCUGUUAUUCAUCCGCGGGAGGGCGGUCCGUUAGCCCCGACACUUGGCGUUCCCCGGUCCAAGUUCCUCAGGGAGUUAGUCUAGCUCUCUGUACUGUGUCCCGCUGUGUCCACAAGACACUUGACAAACUGUAGAAGACCUUCAAACCUUGAUCACUGUGUACAGUACGUGUUCUUGUGAAUGUUUGAUUACAGAAAGCAUCAAAGAUUUGACCCUUUUCAAUAUUGGUAUUUCUUAGCCAAAAUAGGACAUUGAUACAAGAAAAUGUUUUUUAAAAAAAGGAAGAAAAGAUAAAAUACAUGUAAAAGAUUUAUUAUAAUCUCAGAGUAAUGUCUUGGUUUUGUUGUGAUCUUCAAUUUUGUCCUGACAUGUACCAUGAUAUUUUCAUCAUCAGUUUAGUGUCCUUUUUAUCUUUUCAGAGAGACGUAAUUCUAUUUUUUUUAAAAGAGCGUUUUUAAAUAUGUCUCUCUAAACAUUUCUCUUUUGUCAUGAUCCUUCUGUUUAGGAUAUUUUCUUUCUGUUUUAAGAUUAUUAUUAUUAUUAUUAUUGUUAUUGAAUCAUCAUAGAUUUGUGUAACAACUAAUUUAUGACAGGAUUUGAAAAAAAUGUAUGUAAAAAAAAAAAAAAAGAGCCAGAGGUUAUUAACACAAGAACGUGUUAUUGCACAAUGGUAAUAUGCUUUGUGGAUUUAAGAAUGUAAUAAAAUUCUUUUUACAAUGAAAA